UGAAUAUGUUAUCUUAGGUAUCCAUUUUUUUGUGUCAAUUUGAUGUUCUUUCAUGAUGUUUGUAACUUGUGACAAAUCAUGUUAGAUUUUAUAUUGUUUUUUUUAAAUAAUGUGGACUAGUUCAAUGAUUUUAUCCUUUCAAAAUUUUUUGAUACAAGAAUUGUUCGCCUUAUUAGUCAUAAUAGGUAUCUUACUUAUCUUUUCCUUGAGCACUUGCCCGGUUUCGAAUGCCGAACAAGUCAAGUUAACACCCCAUUUCAUAGUUCCAAAGAGUGGCCACAAUUCCACAACUCCAACAACCAAGCAUGGUGCGAUUACUAUGCCUAAAGGGGAAUUAAGAACUCAUGAAACAACAAGAAUGGAGAGAAUUAAUAGUACAAAUUUAAACAUUGUUUGCACUUUGUGCGAAAAGGUGACACAAGACAUACUAAACUUCCUUCGAUUAGAGAAGACUAAAAAACGGAUCAUGGCUAUCCUUCAUGGCUCUUGCUCUCUCCUUUUCAACUUAAAACCGAAGUGCAUUGCGACGGUGAACUGUUAUGGUUUUGUCUUUUUUACACUUGUAAAAAUAACGCAACCAAGAGUCCUUUGUCACAUGGUUCAUCUUUGCUCACCAUCCUUGACUAAUUCCACGACCUCUUUCAUGUCCGAUGAUAAAUGUGAAGUUUGUCGCUAUGUCGUUGUGAAAGCCCUAACCGAAUUGACACGCCCUAAUAAGCAGUUGGAGAUGAUAGAAUCUGUUAUGAAUACCUGUAAGGCCAUGAAGAAAAAUACCGAUGAGAAGGUUUUAUUAAUUACAUUAUAGUUGAUCACUUACGUACUUUUGUUGUUUAAUUCUUAUUUUGAUUUCAUAUAUAUAUAUGGUAUCAGUGUGAGACUAGUCUCAUUUCCAAAUAUGCGCCCAUGAUCCUGGCCAACACUAAACACUUCCUUGAGGAGAUGGAUCUUUGUGCGACAACACGUGCUUGUAAUUCACGUUCCUCUUUUAUCAAGACCGAUCGCCUUCUAAAAAACGAGCAUUUAUCCAGUAUUUAUGUAUCUUAAAAGAUGACAUUGUGUUUGUGCAUGUGUCAAUGUUUGUCCAACUCUUAUAUUAUCCAAGAAUUUAACUUCUUUUGGUUGUUUGA